GUGGCUUAGACCUUUCAGAGCUUUUUCACUUUUUCAUUAUUCUUCUUCUUCGUCGUCUUAGUCGUCUCCGGUUGAUUCCAACGAUGCCGGAGCUACCACCAACGGUUACGGAGUGGCCGGCGGCCAAGGUCAGAGACACCUUCAUCAGUUUCUUUGAAGCCAAGGAGCAUGUCAACUGGGUAUCCAGCCCUGUUGUGCCUCUCAAUGACCCCACUCUCCUCUUUGCCAAUGCUGGUAUGAACCAGUUCAAACCAAUCUUUUUAGGGACUGCUGAUCCAAACACUCCUUUGAGUAAGCUCACACGUGCUUGCAACACCCAAAAGUGCAUUCGAGCUGGUGGAAAACACAAUGAUCUUGAUGAUGUGGGGAAAGAUACUUACCACCAUACCUUCUUUGAGAUGCUUGGCAAUUGGUCAUUUGGUGAUUAUUUUAAAAGAGAAGCCAUUGAAUGGGCUUGGGAGCUUCUUACAGAGGUGUACAAAUUACCAACGGACCGGUUCUAUGCCACCUAUUUUGGUGGUGAUGAGCAACUUGGCCUUGCUCCUGAUGAUGAAGCUCGAGAUAUUUGGCUCAAGUUUUUGCCCCCUGGACAUGUACUUCCAUUUGGUUGUAAAGACAACUUCUGGGAGAUGGGUGAUACUGGUCCUUGUGGUCCUUGCACUGAAAUACAUUUUAAUAGGAUUGGUAACCGAGAUGCCACAUCGUUGGUUAACAAUGAUGAUCCUACUUGUAUUGAGAUAUGGAACCUUGUAUUUAUUCAGUUUAAUAGAGAAAGUGAUGGUUCUCUAAAGCCUUUGCCUGCUAAACAUGUUGACACUGGAAUGGGUUUUGAAAGAUUAACUUCUAUUCUUCAGAACAAGAUGAGCAAUUAUGAUACUGAUGUGUUCCUACCCAUCUUUGAUGCUAUCCACUUGGCGACUGGAGCACCACUGUAUUCUGGAAAAGUUGGAACAGAAGAUGUAGACAAAGUUGAUAUGGCAUAUAGGGUUGUCGCUGACCACAUAAGAACUCUUUCAUUUGCCAUUGCUGAUGGUUCUUGUCCAGGUAAUGAGGGUCGUGAAUAUGUUCUUAGACGUAUUCUUCGUCGAGCUGUUCGGUAUGGAAGUGAAGUCCUAAAAGCUCAAGAAGGAUUUUUCAAUGGGCUUGUCGGUGUUGUGGUGAAAGUGAUGGGUGAUGUAUUUCCAGAGCUAAAACAACAUGAAAUGCACAUCAGGGGCAUAAUUGCAGCAGAAGAAGUCAGUUUUGGCAAGACAUUGAUUAAGGGCAUUGAGAAAUUUAAGAAGGCUGCUCAGGAAGUUCAAGGGAAGAUAUUGAGUGGACAGGAAGCAUUUGUUUUGUGGGACACGUAUGGAUUCCCACUAGACCUGACUCAGUUGAUGGCAGAAGAAAGAGGUUUAACGGUGGAUGUUAUGGGUUUUAAUAUUGCCAUGGAUGAAGCAAGGGAGAGAUCAAGGAAUGCUCAGAAUAAGAAAGCUGGUGGUGCUAUAGUCAUGGAUGCUGAUGCUACUGCAGCAUUGCACAAGAUGGGGGUUGCUGCAACGGAUGAUAUCAGCAAGUUUACAUGGUUCGAGGACCAUGAAAGUGUGAUAAAGGCCAUCUACACUGGUACUGAGUUCUUGGAAAGUGCUGCAGCUGGCGAUGAAGUUGGUAUCAUUCUGGAAACCGCAAGUUUCUAUGCUGAGCAAGGUGGUCAGAUAUUUGAUACUGGAUCACUUGAAUGCUCUUGUGGAUCAUUUCAAGUUUGCAAUGUUCAAAUUUAUGGAGGUUUUGUUCUUCAUAUUGGUUCAGUUACUGGAGAGAUUGGCAGAUUCUCUGUGGGUGAUAAAGUAAUUUGCAAGGUUGACUAUGACAGGCGUAAGCUCAUUGCACCUAACCAUACCUGUACCCAUAUGUUGAACUUUGCUCUGAGGGAAGUACUUGGCAAUCAUGUUGAUCAGAAGGGAUCCAUUGUACUUCCUGAAAAAUUGCGAUUUGAUUUUUCUCAUGGUAAGCCCAUACAUCCUGAUCAUUUGAGAAGAAUUGAGUGUAUCGUGAAUGAUCAGAUCAAAGAUGAAUUAGAUGUAUAUGGGAAGGAGGCAACCCUUGCUGAUGCAAAACGUAUUAAUGGUUUACGAGCUGUUUUUGGAGAAGUCUACCCUGACCCAGUUAGGGUUGUGACAAUUGGUCGAAAAGUGGAGGAUCUCCUGGCUGAUCCAGAUAAUGCAGAAUGGUUAUCAGUUUCUGCAGAGCUUUGUGGAGGGACCCAUAUAUCAAAUACACGAGAGGCUAAGGCCUUUUCUCUUCUAUCAGAAGAGGGAAUUGCUAAGGGAAUCCGAAGAAUAACUGCUGUUACAACUGAUAGCGCUUUUAAAGCUAUGGAAUUGGCAUUUUCACUUGAGCAGGAAGUAGAUGCUGCAUCUGAAGCAGAAGGAAGCUUGCUGGAAAAGAAAGUAGCUUCUUUAAGAAGUCGUGUGGAUGCAGCACCUAUUCCCGCACCCAAGAAAGCUGAUCUCAGGACCAAGAUUUCACUACUUCAGGAUCAAGUUAGAAAGGAGCAAAAGAAGAUUGCUGAAGAAAAUAUACAGAAAGCGGUCAAGGUUGCCACUGAGAUGGCAGACGGUGCUUCUUCAGAUGGAAAGGCCUUCUGCAUUUCUCUUGUUGAUGUUGGGUUGGACACCACUGCAGUCCGUGAAGCAGUUCUGAAAGUCAUUGAGCAGAAGGGAAUAUCUGUUAUGGUUUUCAGCACAGAUGAGACCACAAACAAGGCUGUGGUGUAUGCUGGAGUACCAGAGAAUGGAGAGAAGUUCAAGCAGUUAGAGGUAUCUGAGUGGUUGACAGCAGCUUUAGGGCCUCUAAAAGGGAGGUGCGGUAAAGGAAAAGGUGGUCUUGCUCAAGGCCAGGGAACAGAUGCAUCUCUCCUGAAGGAGGCCAUGGAUGUGGCAACAAAGUUUGCAUCAAUGAAACUGAGUUGAUAGAUGGCACUGCAGUUUUUAGGUACAAUGCAAUGCAAAGCUGUUUGAUGGUAUGCAGCUGAUUUCUUUAGUUACUUUGAAAUGUGAAAAUAGUAAGUGAAAGGAA